AACUCACAAUAUUUCAUUUGUCUGCAGAGAAUAUAUAAGAAGGAUAAAACAAUAUGUCAACUGCAAAACUACGGUUGCACAUUCGAGAACGCUAUGUGGCGAUGGAAAAUGCCAUCGUUAGAGUCACAUUAUCAAAACCAGAUGGCAUUGUAACUGCAAUAAAAUACAAUCACAUGGACAAUCUGCUGGAAACAGCCAACGAUGAAUCUAACAGAGGGUACUGGGACUUGGUUUGGAGUGAAGCAGGAAGUAGUGGAACUACAGGGACAUAUGAUAGAAUUGCUGCAACAAAUUUUGAAGUUGUGGUGGAAACAGAGGAGCAAAUAGAGUUAUCAUUCUCAAGAAAAUGGGAUACAUCCCUCCAGGGAAAGCUUGCUCCAUUAAACAUAGACAAAAGGUUCAUACUGCUUCGCGAUUCGUCAGGGUUCUAUUCGUAUGCGAUAUACGAACGGUUGGAAGGGUGGCCUGGAUUCAACCUGGACGAAACAAGAAUCGCGUUCAAACUGAAGAAAAACAAGUUUAGAUAUAUGGCGAUGGCAGACAACAGGCGAAGAUACAUGCCGUUGCCAGAUGACAGGCUGCCGGGGAGAGGACAAGCCUUGGACUAUCCUGAAGCUGUACUACUUGUGGACCCCAUCGACCCUCAGUUCAAAGGAGAGGUGGACGACAAGUACUCGUACUCGGGUGAGAACGAAGAAGUGAAGGUGCAUGGAUGGAUAAGCAUGGAUGGAGGUGUGGGUUUCUGGCAGAUAAUGGCUAGCAAUGAAUUCAGAACAGGAGGCUCUACCAAGCAAGACCUCACCUCUCAUGUCGGUCCCACCACUCUUGCUAUGUUUGUUAGUGCACACUAUGGGGGUGAGGAUUUAGUGCUCAAAUUUGGAGAAGGAGAGGCAUGGAACAAAGUUUUUGGUCCAGUUUUCAUUUAUCUCAAUUCUACCAACUCACAACCUCAACAAGACCCCCUUUCGCUUUGGGAAGAUGCCAAACAACAGGCAUUGGAGCAAAUUGAGAGUUGGCCUUACAAUUUUCCAGCAUCGGAGGACUUCCCAAAAUCAGCUCAAAGGGGUAACGUCACCGGCACAUUACUAAUUAAAGACAGGUAUGUGAGUGAUGAUGAUGUGGUGGGAAAUGGUGCUUACAUUGGGUUGGCUCCACCAGGAGAAGUAGGGUCAUGGCAAACAGAAGGCAAGGGUUAUCAGUUUUGGAGUAGAGCGGAUGAAGAAGGUGAUUUUAGCAUCAACAACAUCCGAAUUGGAGAGUACAAUCUGUAUGCAUGGAUGCCAGGAUUCAUUGGAGGUUUCAAGCAUGAUCAGAACCUUAACAUAACCCCAGGAUGCAAGAUUGAUAUGGGGAAGUUAGUGUACGAGCCAGCUCGAGAUGGACCAACCCUGUGGGAAAUAGGCAUUCCUGAUCGUACUGCUCAACAGUUUUACGUUCCAGAUCCUAACCCCAAAUACAUUAAUAAACUUUAUAUUAAUCAUCCCGACAGGUUCAGGCAAUAUGGAUUAUGGGAGAGAUAUGGGGAAUCAUAUCCCGAUCGCGAUUUAGUCUAUACAGUUGGGCAGAGCAAUUACACAACUGAUUGGUUCUUUGCCCACGUUCCCAGAAAAAACGCCAAUUCAUAUAAAGCAACAACAUGGCAAAUCAAGUUCAAACUCGAGGCAGUCGAACCAAAUGGAAAAUACUAUUUGAGAUUGGCGAUUGCAUCUGCAGCUCAAGCUGAAUUACAGGUACGAACAAAUAAUCCUGACCAAAAUCCAGCAUUGUUUACGAGUGGAUUAAUAGGAAAAGACAACGCAAUUGCGAGACAUGGAAUCCAUGGUCUUUAUUGGCUGUUUAAUGUGGAAAUGCCAUCAGCUUUAUUUAUUAAAGGGAUUAACACUAUUUAUUUGACUCAAGCAAAUGCUACUUCUCCAUUCCAGGGAAUCAUGUAUGAUUACAUACGCCUCGAAGCUCCCUAAUAGCUUUUAUUACUCUGUGGUCUUGUUAAUUUGGAAUUUUCAAAAGGAUUUAUCAGACUUUAUUAAAAUAAUGUAAAAUCGCAACUUUUAUUUAUUGUAUAAUAGGAUUAAGAUUUUUGCGUGUUUGAGUGAUUCAUUGGGAUUUAGUAGU